AUGUUGGACCUCGGUCUCACCAGCAAGACCUACAACAGACUCUACUGUCAAAGUAUUGCCAGGGAUAACGGUGGUACUGUCGAUGUGACUGAUAGUGAUCUUAUUGUAGUCAUAUCGUCUACUGCCGUAAUGUGCUUUGGAUCAGAAGGUCAAGUAUUUGCUGCAUCAGCAAUCAGGGGUGUGCGUUUUCUUCAAAUUCUUCGUAUGUUGCACAUAGACAGACAAGGAGGAACAUGGAGACUUCUUGGUUCAGUAGUAUUUAUUCAUCGGCAGGAGCUGAUAACCACAUUAUACAUUGGCUUCCUGGGGCUCAUAUUUACCUCUUAUUUUGUAUAUCUUGCUGAGAAGGAUCAUAUAGAUGCUAAGGGCAUUUGUCAAUUUGAGACUUAUGCUGAUGCUCUAUGGUGGGGUGUGGUAACUGUGACAACCAUUGGCUAUGGAGACAAAGUGCCCAAUACCUGGUUGGGCAAGAUGAUAGCUUCCUGUUUCUCAAUAUUUGCAAUAUCUUUCUUCGCUUUACCGGCGGGUAUUCUAGGUUCAGGGUUUGCUUUGAAGGUACAACACAAGCAGAGGCAAAAACAUUUCAGUCGUCAAAUUCCUGCAGCUGCUACCCUUAUUCAGUGUGCCUGGAGAUUAUAUGCCUCAAAUCAAGAGGGUUUCAAAUCAGAAGCAACAUGGAAAAUCCACUUAGCGCCCUCUACGCCCAACCUGCAACAAUCCGUGCCUAACCAACUAUCAGGGGUGGUGAACUCAGUCAAACCUCACCUCGCAUUGAAGCGACGUAAGAGCUCCAAGCUGAGCCUGAAGGAGGCCCUCCUACCAACGACGCUCCUGGAGCUGUGUGAGCAACCAGCAGCCAAUCAAAAUGCAGCUAAUUCAAAUACCUCACCACCAGCGGAUAAGAUAUCUCCGUUGAUGGGCGGGGUUGCUUGUAACUUGGCUGGGUCAGUGGCAGUGGCCGCAGCAGGAGCCGGUGGUGAUAUGGUGUGCUAUAUGGAAGAACCCACAGCAGGAAACCCUAACAGAAAGAGAGCAGUGGAGCUAUCGGUAUCAGACAGCUCACAGAGAACAAUGAGAAUGGGAGAUAUUGUUUGCCUUGAUCCUCAUGAUGAAAGUGAUACUUACAGCCUUCCCUAUGUGCCUGAAACAAUAACCACACUCACAGAUGCCCAUAAAAAUGCAAUUCGUGCAAUAAGAAAAAUUAGGUAUUAUGUUGCAAGAAGAAAAUUCCAGCAAGCAAGGAAACCAUAUGAUGUUCGUGAUGUAAUAGAGCAGUACUCAGCGGGCCAUUUAAACAUGAUGGUCCGUAUUAAAGAGCUUCAAAGAAGAAUUGAUACUACGCUAGGAAAACCUGCAUCUAUGCAUUUAGGAGACAGGAAGCGGCAAACGGUUGUUGCUAGAGUCGCAGUCGUUGAACAAAAUAUGCAAUUGAUGGACCGUAAGCUCGACAAGUGCAUGCUACUUCUAAAUAUUCUGGUGGACCGAACCACACCCCAACCCGUGAGGAGACCAAAGCCUUCCAGCAAAACCACAUCCUCAUCCUCCUCAUCGGAAGAUGAUGAAGAGGAAGAUAGCUCUAGACAGGCUGCCAGUGGAAGUACUGAUACGUAAAGGAAAACGCCUUUAGGAUCACAAGCAGUGUCAA